AUGGUGAUAUUUUGGCUCUUUUGGGAGAUGGUGAUGUCUGAUAUAGGUAGUGAAGUUGACGAAUUGGAAGAUGAUAAUUGUUUUCCAAUUGAUGAGUUUGACCAAUUGUUAAAUGAUUUUGACGAUUUAUCCUCGGACAUUUUGCCCGAUAUAGAGGAGGUUGAACCUGAUUUCAUAAAUACAAAUAAACGUGAUAUUCAUUGGGUACAAAAACCAUUCGAGCCACCUACUAAAAUAUAUGAUUAUAUGUUUAAAAUUGUGUAG